AUGUGUCCUGUCGAUGUAGGGUCGUCAUCAAUACCAGCGUCUACCAAGAAGAAUGUUCUAUAUUUGGAUGCUUAUGACUCCUUCUCCAACAAUGUCAUCUCUAUGAUUGAAGAGAACCUGGGUGUCCAGGUAACAGUACUGACUGUCGACUCACAAUGGCCAAAUGGGGAUAUGCGAAGUUUUCUACGAGGCUUUGAUGCUGUUGUGCUAGGCCCAGGUCCGGGCCAUCCGGAAUGUGUAGCAGAUGUGGGGAUCAUGAAUGAUUUAUGGACUUUGGAAGGAGAGGAUUUGAUUCCUGUGCUAGGGAUCUGUCUUGGAUUUCAGAGUCUGUGCUUGAAUCAGGGCUUGGCUAUCAAGAGACUCCCGUGCCCUUUGCACGGUCAGGACUUUGAGGUGACAUUAUAUCAUUCUCUUUACGCAUCGACGGGUUCUGAGACACAUGUCUCUCCAGAGGACAACCUCGACGAUGGAUUCUCCGAAUCGGGGAAUCUCUCUUUUCUCUCGUGGUUGACAGUUAACGAACAAGGAUCUGUUUACAGAAGGCUCCCGAUGGGUGUCCGUCACAUAUCCAAACCGUUUUGGGGCUUUCAGUUUCAUCCAGAAUCCUGCAAGUCAGAUGCAGAUGCUUGUAAAAGACUACUACGAAAUUGGUGGACGGCAAGUAAGCAGUUCAACCAAACAUCUAAACGCGUCAUUCGACCGAUAUCGAAGGAUGCAUUGGCAUCCACUCUCCAAACGCCAGAUGUUCAGGGUGAUCUCAGUCAUCUCCUCGAGCAAUUGACCGCAGAAUCUUCCAAAAUGUGUUUCCAUCGCUCUCUACCCCUGCACGGGCUCUACCCCGAGAACAUCUUCGAAUUAUUUAACGCACCUGGCUCCCCGUCGAUAUUGUUUCAAUCAAAUGGAAGAUUUAGUAUCAUGUCGCUCCCGUCUCCCAAAAGUUGGCGGCUUGAAUACUUCGUCCCAAGCAAGAAGCUUCUAAUUGAACAGCUGGACGCAAUCACGAAGACAGAUGCUCACGGCGACAUCUCUGUCGAGAUACUCUGGCAGAUUUUGAGACAUGUCAUGAAUACUAAGAAGGUUACAUCUGGAAAAGACAGCAUUCCUUUUUGGGGCGGAUUUCUGGGUUAUUUCUCAUAUGAAAUGGGACUUGCUGGAUUGUCACAUCCCAAAACGUCGCCAAUUGUGGCUUCUAACAUAGAGGGACAGAACGUUGGUAAUGAAGAUGAAACAGCUGCCCCCGAUGCUAGUUUUUUAUGGGUUGAGCGAAGCAUAGUCGUUGAUAGUGUCUUGCGAACAAUAUCCAUCCAAUCAACACGAGAAGCCGACAAUCAACCAGGCGGUUGGUUAGAGGCCAUAUACCAACAGAUACAGCAAUUUCAUUUACGGACUAGUCAAGAGGUCAUUGAAAUCGGGGACAAGUCGGCUGCACUAGAACAACAUAGCCUGCUGACUUCUGCAGAAAGAGAGCUUGUCGACACGCUUCUUCAAGAAAGCACAGUCAAAAUUCCCGAUGAGAUGGCAUACAAGUCGCAAAUUGUUGAAUGCCAAGAAGAACUCAAGGCUGGCGAGUCUUAUGAACUUUGUCUCACUGGACAGACAACCAUUACAUUACCAGCAAUUUCUGAUGCGAGGUUGCGCAAGCUUCGUCCAUGGCUGAUAUACAAGAAACUGAAAACCUACAAUCCAGCAGCAUUCAGCGCUUAUGGAAGCUUGGGCAAAGUCAAGAUCGCAAGUAGCAGUCCCGAGUGUUUCCUUAUAUGGGAUCGAAUCUCUACCCUGGAAAUGAAACCAAUGAAAGGAACAGUCCGAAAAUCACCAGGCAUGACAUUGGAAAAGGCCAAGGAAAUUCUAGCUACUACCAAGGAAAUGGCGGAAAAUCUCAUGAUUGCUGACUUGAUUCGUCAUGAUUUAUAUAGUAUCUGUGGUUCGGGAAAUGUGCAUGUUGAAAAACUUUUGGAUGUUGAGGAUUAUGGACGUGUAUAUUCAAUGGUUACCCAUGUGAAAGGGAUAGUUGAUCGAACAACAGCAAGGGACUCCAAGCAUGCCAGCAUGGCUGCAUACGGUCUGACUACUUUACAACGCACUCUACCCCCUGGAUCAAUGACAGGAGCACCGAAAGAACGGUCAUGCAUGCAUCUCGACAGAAUCGAGGGAUGGAAGCGCGGUAUAUAUUCCGGGGUGAUGGGUUUUCUGGACUUGGGUGGCUCGGGCAGUUUCUCAGUUCUGAUAAGGACUGCUUUUAGCAGUUCAGCUCAUGAGGAUGCAGCGAGCGCGACUAAGCCAGAGGUCUGGCAUCUAGGUGCAGGUGGUGCGGUGACUAUAUUAAGUACACCGCAGGGUGAAUGGGAUGAGAUGAUAACCAAGUUACGGACUGUGGUUAGCAUAUUUGAACCUACAAAGUGACCUGUAUUUUCCUUCCAAAAGUGAUUUUAACAUACACUAGAG